AUGCCAAAUCAAGGACACAGUGCUGUUAAGUGCCAAAGUCAAAGAUUUGAAACGAGAAGGUGCUAUGAAUGCCAAAUUAGAGGCCAUAUUGCAAGAAAUUGCCCAAUGAGAUUAAAGGAAAGAUUGAGGGCUGAAUCUCAGAAAAUGGUGAAGAACUCUGUUGGAAUUAAAGAAAAGCCCAAAGAAAAGAAACAGAAAAAACAGAAAGUGAAAUUAUCACAGGGGCAGAAAGAUCGUUUGAGGAAGAAGAAAAAGAAAGCUAGAGAGUAUUUGGAAAAGAUUUUAUCCUUGGAUACAACUGGUAAUCCGAGAAAAAGUUCUGAUGAAUUGCUUUCCUCAACUAAAAAGGCAAGCAAAACGAAUUCAUCAGAUGCAAAUAUCAGGACAAAAGGGUAUAACAAAGAUUGUGAAAAAUCAUGCACGUCACGAGUUGACAAAUUUGGAAAGCUUAAACAUUGUAGAGAUUGGGUUCAAAUAAAGAAUGGCGAUGAAUUUGUUUCUGAAAAAACAAAAGAGCCAUCUUCUGGCGAUGAUUUUGACUUGUCAAAGUCAAAAGAGCCACGUUUUGGCAAUGAUUCUGACUCGUCAAAGUUAGAGGAGCCACGAUCAGGCAAUGAAUCUGACUCGAAAAAGUCAGAAGAGCCACAAAUUGAGAGUGCAGAUGAAAGUUUACAAAGUGAUGAUAGUUCUGAAAAAGAAAUUGUUUUUGACAAAACUCCAUCUGAUACUGGUUCAUCGGAUGAUAGUUCUGAAAAAUCUGUAGCAUUUGAUCAGUCGCCAACAGAUGACAGCAGUGAUGAUGAGGAAGAACGACAUAUUAAUAUUGGAAAAUCUCAUCUUGCUCCUGAAAGUUUUCAUUUUUAUUUUGCAGAUCGUAUGAAAAAGCUAAAGGAGAAACGAGCUGCAAAAGAACAGCAAGAAAUGAAGGCUGAAAGUGUUGCUUAA